UCUGGCAAGAACGACGUGGGAGCUGAACGCUCCGCCGUUUCUUCUCCCUUCCCAUUAACUGAAUCCCCUUCUCUUAUCUGCUCAGACUCGAAUAUAUAUCUAUAUAUAUAGAGAGAGAGAGAGAGAGGAGGGAGAGAUGGCCACCAUUAGAGUCCCCCACCCCGUCCCAACCCCAGAGGAGGAUGCCAAGACGCUAAGGAAGGCCUUCGAAGGGUUGGGGACGGACGAGAAGGCCAUCAUAGAGGUAUUGGGCCACCGGACCGCCGCCCAGCGAGCUGAGAUCGCCGCGACCUACGUCAUGCUCUACAAAGAAACCCUCGUCGAACGCCUCGACUCCGAGCUUUCCGGCGACUUUCGGAAAGCAGUGAUCUUAUGGGCAAUGGAUCCUGCAGAAAGGGAUGCCAAGUUGGCAAAUCAGGCACUGAAAAACAAGGGUGAUCAGCAUAUUUGGGUGAUCAUAGAGGUCGCAUGUGCUUCAGACCCAGACCAUCUGAUGCUCGUUAGGAAGGCCUAUUGCUCCCUCUUCUCUUCUUCCCUUGAAGAGGAUGUCGCAUCCCGUUUUGCCCAUGAGCAGCCCCUCGGACAGUUGUUAGCACGUCUUGUGAGCUCCUAUAGGUACACUGGUGAGCGUGUGGAUGAGGGGCUGACACAAUCCGAGGCAGCUGAGCUUUAUGAAGCCAUCAGGAAGAAGCAGCCACACCAUGAGGGAGUGAUCCGCAUGCUUAGCACGAGGAACAAAUCCCAGCUGAAAGCAACAUUUAAUCAUUACAAGCAAGAUUAUGGAAAAGCCAUUGAUGAGGAUAUUGAGAGCAGUGGAAGCAGUCAAUUUACAUCGAUGCUAAAGGUUGCCGUUUGCUGCAUAGGAUCCCCUGAAAAACACUUUGCAGAGGUGGUGAGAACUUCAGUGCUAGGAUUUGGAACAGAUGAAGACUCUCUUACAAGAGCUAUUGUCAGCCGAGCAGAAAUUGAUAUGAAGAAGAUCAAAGAGGAGUACAAGAUUAGAUACAAGACCACCCUUGAUGCUGAUGUUAUUGAUGACACCUCUGGGGAUUACAAGAAUUUCUUGCUUACCUUGCUAGGGAGUGCUGAUCCAUGACCUGCAGUAUGGAUGAGUUGUGUAUAAAAUUUAGAGAUUCACUUAAAAUAAGAAAAGGUCUGGAUGGUUGGGUGAAAUUGUCUUUGUUUCAACAGUAUUAAGCCUGUGCGUUAUGUAUUAGAUUGGAUCAACAUUGUUUAAAACACCUUGAGAAAUGUCCUUGUUUGUUUAUUGGGGAAA